AUGAGCACCGAGAUUCCCAGCUUCCUUCUCUUCGUCCUUGCCCGUGGUAACUUACUGUCUACUACCAUAUUGGACGAGAAAGUUUUAGUCGGCAGUCAGAACGUUGAUGAUGCCCGUCACAAUCCAUCCCUUCGAUUACCACUCAAGGUCUGGGAGAGACUGAAAAGAAUCGCUCUACUCCUGGCAACAGGAUAUGCCUCACGGGAAUCCCGCACGCGGUAUGAGAUUACAGGGGAUUGGUAUCGUUUUCGCUCCACCACGACUAAAAAAUUGGAGAACAUCGGUAUAGUUUCUGGCCUUUUGCUUAGUUCCAGCACAAGCUUGCUGUCUUCUGGCGAUCUGCGGCGUAUGACAUAUAUUGCUACUAUAGGCUCUAUGGCCUGCAGCCUUCUUUCAAUUAUUUUUGGUUUACUUUGCCUCUGGUCUCUCGUCGGAGUAGAUCCAACACGCUUGAAGUCGUUGAGCCGAAAUAGCGCCUUAUUCUACUACUUAUAUGCCACACCCUCGUUGUUCGGUGGCACAGCUGCCCUGUCGUUCUUUGUUGCAGUUGGAUCUUGGACAUGGCUAGAUCUCGGUCAUUCCCACUACGGAUCGGGUGGCAAAGUGCUCAGCAUCUGCUGCAGUGCGGCACUUGUUUUCAAUGCCGCCCUUUGCUUUAUCCUCGGGGGCUCGACGUGGAGAUCUCAGCCAUCGUCCAAGACUGCAUGCUGA